AUGGCACAAACAACGACCAACCUCAUUGAUCUUAAGCCGUGUCGAUUUGACUGGAAAGUGGUGGUUCGGGUCAUGCGUCUGUGGAAAGUUCCUAGCAAAAGCAAUCCAAAUGAAAUGAUCAGUAUCGAUAUGGGUGACAAGAUCCAUGCUUCUAUAAAACGUAAUCACUUGAAAAAGUUUGAACUUAUUGUGAAUGAAGGUAAUACCUACAUAUUUCAAAAUUUUAUGGUGGCUCCAAGCGAUUCAAGAUUCAGAUCAACUCGCCAUACUCACAAGAUUGUGUUUAUUAGCACUACUCGAGUAACUGAUUUCCUUGCUGAAAAUAUUCCUGUUGUCACUUUUAAUUUUACGGAUUUCCGUGAUAUCAUUAAUGACGGGGAUGAUACAUGGCUUAUAGAUGUUAUUGGACAUGUUAUUGAAAAGGAUGCUUUGAGAAAACUAAGCAAAAAUGGGCGGAGCCACAAGCUAAGUAUACUUACUACACAAAACAAAUAA